CUAUGAAUGCAACAGCGCGCCCUCGUUGAACGUUGUCUUUUUUUCCCCUCAACUUUUCCCCCCCACAGCUUCGCUCAAGCCUGCCGCUGUUAUUAAGGCAAAAAAAGAAAGGAAGUGGCGACAGGCUAGCUGCUUUUAGCCGACCACAAGGCAGGCAAUACGGCUACUUUUUACCUCAAAGACGCCUUCAUCUUUGUACAACCGAGGCGUUUGAGUGCGCUACUUUUUUAGAGGGCUCGUUUAAUUUUUUUUUUUGUUUCCGCGCCGGUUUCAAGCUUGUUUCGUCUCCGGCUCUCAUCUUUGUCCGUCUCAGGCGCUGUUAGCCCCCCCAGUAAAGAUUUUCACCCGAAGAGCCAACGGACAAAACAUAAAAGAGGGCUGCUAACCCGUGAUUGUAUUUUUUUAUGUCGGUAUCAUCGCGGGGAGGACAUUGAAGGCAACACAAUGGAACUAGCCGCGAGGAAAGGUGCUGUGUGGUGAGAGGGAGGCGGUGGCUGCGGCAUGCUGAGGCAAUCCCCCCUGACUCAGGAUGAGUGUCAGAGAUGGCGGUGCCGCUGUGGCAACGUACACGGGUGGGGGAAGGGAGGGAGGAGACAGGCCAAUCAGCCCCAACGAUCACAACGGACGCUCCUACCUGCUCCAGAUCUACCCACGGCUCCCUGCUGAGUCAACCACCUGCUGCAAUCUCAGAGUGCAGAAGGAUGCCACAGCAGCGUCCGUGAUCUCGGACGCUGCCACGGCACUGGAGCUGGACCCCGGUCGCCUGUAUGUGCUGGCAGAGGUGAAGGAAUGUGGCGGGGAAGAGUGGGUGCUGGAGGCCGGCGAUCUCCCGGUCCAGAGGUUUCUGUUGUGGCCUCGGAAGGCCCAGGAGCAGCACCCGCAGAGCCUGGGCUACUACUUCCUACUGCAGGAGAGGAACAACGAUGGCACCAUUCAUUACGUCCACCUCCCUCCCUUGUCCAAAGAGCAGGAGAAACAGCGGCUCGCCGCCAGGGGCUUCCUCCCGCCUCCCCAGGAUGACUUUGCAGACCUCUGCAACCUCCCCAAACUCAACGAGGACAGCAUCCUAAACAACCUGCGCACGCGCUUCUACAAGAAAAAGAUCUACACCUAUGCCGGCAGCAUCCUCAUCGCCAUCAACCCCUUCAAGUUCCUGCCCAUAUACAACCCCAAGUACGUCAAGCUGUACGAGAACCACCAGCUGGGGAAGCUGGAGCCGCACAUCUUUGCCAUCGCAGACGUGGCCUACUACGCCAUGCUCAGGAAGAAGGUCAACCAGUGUAUCGUCAUCUCCGGAGAGAGCGGCUCGGGCAAGACGCAAAGCACCAACUUUCUCAUCCACUGUCUGACCGCGCUCAGCCAGAAGGGCUACGCCAGCGGCGUGGAGAGGACCAUACUCGGCGCUGGACCGGUCUUGGAGGCUUUUGGAAAUGCCAAGACGGCCCACAAUAACAACUCCAGCCGUUUUGGUAAAUUCAUCCAGGUGAAUUACCUGGAGACUGGAGUGGUGAGAGGGGCUGUGGUGGAGAAGUAUCUCCUGGAGAAGUCUCGUCUGGUCUCCAGGGAGAAGAACGAGAGGAACUACCACGUGUUUUACUACCUGUUGUUGGGAGCUUCAGAGGAGGACAGGAAGGAGUUUAAGUUGUUGCCGCCUGAAGACUACUUCUACCUCAAGCAGCAAAACUUUAAGAUCGAGGAUGAGGAGGACCUGCGCCAUGAUUUUGAGAGGCUGCAGCAGGCCAUGGAGAUGGUUGGCUUCCUUCCGGCCACCAAGAAGCAGAUCUUUUCCGUGCUCUCGGCCAUCUUGUAUCUGGGCAAUGUGACCUACCAGAGGAAGGCGACAGGCCGAGAUGAGGGCUUGGAGGUGGGGCCUCCUGAGGUCCUGGCCACGCUGUCUGACCUGCUGAAGGUGAAAGAGGAGCUUCUGGUUGAGGCGCUGACAAAGAGGAAAACGGUGACGGUCAACGACAAGCUCAUUCUUCCCUAUAGCCACUCUGAGGCGAUCACAGCUCGAGACUCCAUGGCCAAAUCUCUGUACAGCGCCUUGUUUGACUGGAUCGUCCUCCGUAUCAACCACGCGCUGCUCAACAAGAAGGACAUGGAGGAGUCUGUCCCGCGCUUGUCCAUCGGCGUCCUGGAUAUUUUUGGCUUUGAGGACUUCCAGACCAACAGCUUUGAGCAGUUCUGCAUCAACUAUGCAAACGAGCAGCUGCAAUAUUACUUCAAUCACCACAUAUUCAAUCUGGAGCAGGAGGAGUACCAAGCAGAGGGAAUCACCUGGCACAACAUCGACUACACAGACAACGUGGGCUGCAUCCACCUCAUUAGCAAGAAGCCCACCGGCCUCCUCUACCUGCUGGAUGAGGAGAGCAACUUCCCCCAUGCCACAGACGAGACACUACUAGCCAAGUUCAAGCAGCAGCAUCAGGGGAACAAAUACUUUGUGUCCACGCCCGUCAUGGAGCCCGCUUUUGUCAUUCAACACUUUGCUGGCAAAGUCAAAUACCAAAUCAAGGACUUCCGCGAGAAGAACACGGAUCACAUGCGCCCGGACAUCGUGGCGUUGCUGCGGAGCAGCGACCGAGCGUAUGUGCGGCAGCUCAUCGGCAUGGACCCGGUGGCCAUGUUUCGGUGGGGCAUCCUGCGGGCCACCGUCAGAGGCAUCGCGGCCUUCAACGAGGCCGGUCGCUCCUGGGCCGCCAAGACUUCGGGUGUUGUGCGUCCCAUCUCCAGAACCCCUUUGGGAGAGCUGCAGCGUGCUAACGCUCCCGUGGAGAGGAUGUACAAAAGAGUCUCUAUGCUUGAUUUCUACUUUGAUCACUCAGAGGAGCGCCCUCUAGAGGCCUUUGAAGACAUCUUUGCUAGCUAUGAGAGUAAGAAAGACAUGCAUGCGCAGAUCAUCAGAUCCAUUAAGAACUUGCAGAUGGAUGGUGAGGACCCUCGCAAGCUGCUGCAGUCCUGGGGUCGCCUCCGCUUCCCUCGACGCGUCCUCCAGAAGAACAAGGGAGCCAAACAGAAGCAGAUCAUCCCCAAGAAUCUGUUGGAUUCCCGGUCUCUAAAGUUCAUCGUGAGCCUGACUCUGCACGACCGCACCACCAAGUCUCUUCUCCAUCUGCACAAAAAGAAGAAGCCUCCCAGCAUCAGCGCCCAGUUCCAGACAUCUCUGACCAAACUCUUGGAAACGCUGAACAGAGCAGAGCCGUUCUUCAUUCGUUGCAUCCGCUCCAAUGCUGAGAAGAAGGAGAUGUGUCUGGAUGAGACCUUGGUGCUUCAGCAGCUGCGUUACACAGGAAUGCUGGAAACCGUUCGAAUCAGGAGGUCAGGCUACGGAGCCAAGUACACAUUCCAGGAAUUCCUGGAGCAUUUCAGGGUCUUGUUGCCAAAGAACUCCACGGCCUCCAAGGAAGACAUUUCAGCCUUGCUGGACAAGAAGUUGGCCUUUGACCCCACUACGUACCAGAUAGGCAAAACUAAGGUGUUUCUGAAAGAGCUGGAGCGCCAGCAGCUGCAGGACACGCUGCAUAAGGACGUGAUGCGGAAGAUCAUCUUCCUGCAACGCUGGUUCAGAGCUCGCCUUCAGAGGAAGGAGUUUGUGGACAUGCGACGGGCGUCCACUGUGAUCCAGCGCUCGUGGCGCAGGUACCGCGGCGAGGAACAAAGGCGGCGGGCAGCCAGGCUCAUCCAGGCUGUCUGGAGGGGGCACAGGCAAAGAUCGGCGUUUCGUCGCCAGAGGCAAGGUGCCACCAAGAUACAAGCUCUGGUUCGAGGGCACUCGGCACGACGGAGAUGCCACUCCAUGCGUGAGGAGAAACGGAAAAAGGAGGAGGAGGAACUGAGGAAGAAGGCAGAAGAAGAGGAAAAGCGACGGCGGGACGAAGAGGAAGAGAGGCGGCGGCAGGAAGAGGAGGAAAUGAGGAAGAGAUUGGAGGAGGAGAGGAGGAGAGAGGAGGAGGAGGCAGCCAAAAAGGCGGCGGAGGAAGCGGAGAAGAAAGCGGCCAAGGAGCCACAAACCAGGGAGGAUCCGGAUAUCGAACUGGUCGCGGAGGAGACGCUGGAUGACAACCUGCCAGAGGAGGAGGACGGGGUGUUGACGGAGGAGGAGCAGGAGGAGGAAUGGCGAGCGCAGGAAGGUCUCGGGUCUGCUGUGGAGACCAACGGUACUCAGGCUGAGACCGGACCUCGCCUGGAUGAGAAGGUGGAGGAUUCCAAACAUGAACUGCUUGCCCUCACUUCUUCUGGUGCUGACUUGGACAGACGGUCCACCCGUCCCGCUUCCCAUCCUGAAAGUAAAACUCGUCCUCCGGCUAAGGCCCAGGGAUCUAGAAGUCAGGAGAAGAGGGAGCAGAGGAGGCGAAGGGGGCUGGAGCACAACCAGCGAGAGACGGAACGAGCCGCCUCUUCCUCCAUGGGCGGCGUGGAUCAAAGCUCCCCGCCGAAGGAGCCGAUGCAGCGAGAGCGAGCGGACAGCAAGGAGCUGGACCAGUACACCUUUGUGGCCUGGAAGAUGAAAGAAGACAAAGGAGGGAAGAAGGAGCUGAAAAAUACGCCUCCAUCAUCCGCCGCCGUUCGUCCGACGACGUUGUCCUUGCAAAUCACCGACUUCUCUCUGCGCGAGAAAAUCGUUGCAGACGGCGGCGCCGUCAGCCUGCAGCGCCGCCACGGGCCCAUCAAGGAGAAGCCGGAGAAGCAGAAGGGGAAGCGAGGAGAUGGAGAACACUCUCCACCUCACAGCGGAGAGGAGAGAAGAUCCAAACAGCCACUACGUGACACAGCCUCAUCCUCCUUUGACAGCGUGUCUCUGGGCUCCGAGGGUGCUGGUGCUCUUCUAACCAGAGAGAUGAUUUUGUCACCGGAGAUUUACGGGGAAAGCUUGAAGGGGAGCUCCAUGAGAAGGAGAACCCAGGACGACUCUGCCCUCACCACCCCGUCCACGCCGGACAGGUCGGGAGGUUUCUUCAGCAAGAUCCUGAAGAAGCGCCCCCACAAGGAGGCUCACACUCCAGACAACGGGGAGGUGACGCUUGCCCAGAUACUCAAUGACAAACCACCAGGGGGUGAAGCUCCAGCACCCGGGCACCCAUCGAGGGCGUCGUCCCACUCCCAAGGAGAUCGAUCCAGUAAGAGCUUGGGCCGCAACCCCACCAUCAAGAUCAGCCGUGCCACGCGGGUCUCCGAGAAGUGGAACGCGUCGCUGGAUCGGGAGAUCACCAACGCCAACGAGCUGCGGCACCUGGAUGAGUUUCUGGGGAACCAGGUCAAUGACUUCCGCUCCAGGGGGAAGUCCCUCUCCGCUACGGAGGCCAUCUUUGUCACCGCCACCAUGCAGUUCAGAGAGACCAUCAAGGCCAUGUAUUCCUUCCCCAAGCCAACCAUUGGCUACAAGGGUCUGAUGACUGGCUACCAGAACAAAGUCAUCCAUCUGGCAGGCGACAAGCAAAAAGGGGAAGUCCAGCUGGUGGUCAACCUCUUCCAGUCCGUCUUGGAUGGUUUUAUUAGAGGGGAGAUGAAGAAGGAGGAGGCGGAGCCUACCAAGCCUGCUAAAGCCAGGAAGAAGCGGCGGAAAAAAGACAAAAGUAUGGAGAGCCCCUUGGACCAUGUGUUCAUCAACUACCAGGUCAGCAUCAUGCAGUCGUGUGACCAGUGCACGUCCUACAUCUGGGGGAUGGAGAAGGCCUACAUGUGCAGCUAUUGUAAAAUGGUGUGUCACAAAAAGUGUCUGAGCAAAAUAGUCACAGACUGCUCCACCUUCUGCGCCAAAAAGAGUGACGAGGAGUCUGGCGCUCAGCAUUUCGGCGUGCGUGUGUGUCACCUGGUCAGCGAGAAGAAUCCGGUGCCCAUGGUUCUGGAGAUGAUGUUGGAGCACGUGGAGAUGCAGGGCCUCUACACCGAGGGAAUCUACCGCAAGUCGGGUGCAGCCAAUCGCAUGAAAGAGCUGCACCAGCGACUGGAGACGGACCCUCACCUGGUCUGCCUGGAAGACUACCCCAUCCACACGGUGACGGGCUUGGUGAAGCAGUGGCUGAGGGAGCUGCCAGAGCCUCUCAUGACCUUCACUCAUUACAAUGAGUUCCUUCACGCAGUAGAGCUUCCGGACAAACAGGAGCAGCUCUACGCCAUCUACAAAGGGCUGGAGGAGCUGCCGAUGGCAAACUUCAACACACUGGAGAGGCUCGUCUUCCACCUUGUCAGGGUGUGCAAAGAGGAGGCUCACAACCGCAUGUCUCCUAACUCCUUGGCCAUCGUGUUUGCGCCGUGCGUCCUGCGCUGCCCGGACAGCGCCGACCCACUUCUCAGCAUGAAGGACGUCGCCAAGACCACCACAUGCGUGGAGAUGCUCAUCAGCGAGCAGAUCAGACGCUACAACGAGAAAAUGGAGGAGAUCGAGCAGUUGGAGUUUGCCGAGGUGCUGGCCGUGAACCAGCUCAAACUCAAGAGGCAGAACACGCCCUGCUGGCAUUUACCGCUCAGGUUCUCAGCUCCUUACAAAGGAGUGGUGGUCCACGAAAAGGUCAGCUCGGACCUUAAAGCCGUCCCUGAGAACGAGCCCCUGGACUCGGACGCUGAGGCGGAGAUGAACCUGGUGGAGCGCAUCAAGUCCAUUAAGCAGGAGAAAGAGGAUCUGGCUUGUCGGCUCCCGGAGAUGGAGCAGCCUGGUUCCGACCAGGAAAACCUGGACUCCGAAGCCUCGCUGAGCUCCGAGAGCCUCCUGGACGAGCAGCAGCAGCGUUCCUCCGCCCAUAACUCGGAACCUGAAGGUGGAGUUGGCCCUCAGCAGAGGCGAUCCAAGUCCGCUUACCCGCCCCAAAUCUCCAGUCUGGCGCAGAGACCGACGCUCCCUGGCGGACGUGCCUGUCUUCAAGACGCCCCUGCUAUCUCCUCCUCCUCUUCCAUCUCUGAUCGCUCCAGCAUCUCCUCCUGCAGGCGCCCGCCACAGCGCCGCAACCCCAUCAUCCCGGACACGGUUAAACUGCCCCCGGGGAUCCACAACUCUGGUCCGGCUCGGCCUUCCACGCCUCCCGGAAAGCGAGCUUUUCACUUCCUGGUGAGGAGGCGGGAUCACCCCGGGCGGCGUAAAGACAGCACCCAGUCGCUCUACAUCGACGGGUCCGAGUGCGAGCUCUUGGCGCAUUUCUCCUCCUGUCCUCCUUCUGCCUCCUCCUCGUCCUCCUCCAUCUCCACGGCCGCGCCGUGUCCUCCGUGCUGGGCAAAGGAGACGGCGGAGGACAACAGACGCUUUUCCGACCCGGACAUUCCUUACAUGGACGAUGACGUCUGAGAAGGUGGACGUUUCAAUUAACUCAUCAAGGAACGGACGACAUGUUGCCAAGCACCUUUUCUACUUUUUUUUUUUAAAGAUAUUGAGGUUACAGUUCAGUCAAGAGAGCGUUUGUGUGUCAUGUCGCCCCCUAUUGGUGGAUCAGCAGAGUGUUUGCCCCAAUUUAUGCUAAUUUAAGCUUCCAGUCGCACUUUUUUUUCACUUCUUAGUUCUCCGAAUGGAAAAAGUGAAGCCGACAUGCUCACAGAAAUACUAGCUUGUGCCUUAAUUCAUAGACAACUCCUUUUUUGUAUUGUUGUUAUGAUGUUUGACGCUCAUUUGGAUGAUGCAUGUGUUGAUGUUGGGGCUUCUCGUACAGGUGGAUUGUACUGUGACCUGCCGGACAACAAACCACACCAAAAUAGGAAUUCAUUGUCCUCGCGUAGCAACGGGAAAUGCGAGCAGCACACGCCACUUUUUCCCUUUAUAACACGCCACAGUGUCUUUUGACCGGACUUUUUCCAAGAACGAGCAUCGGCUUCCCAACGGUCCCACCAUGAAUGUUCUGCUGCCAACAUGGUUUUAAUACUAAUGUUCCUCUCUUGACUGAUGUAGGAUUGCAUCUUCUGGACCGGGAUGCGUCGUGUGGAAGAGAGAGUGUAUGUUUGGGACUGAAUGACAUCAAGGAAUGCUUAUUAAAAGUAUUAAUACAGAA